AUGGCUGCCAUUGAGCAGGAUCCGCUGCUCCUGCUGCGCCAGUCGAUCGCAUCCAAACGACCUGCUGUCCCGACAGCAUCCUCUGAUGCCACCGCGCCCGAAGUUCCCCUUUCGAAAGCUACCCACCUGCGAUUCUCUCACCCAACUACGGUUUCUAUCCCGCUAGCUACUCCAACGCGCUUCAUCUCGAGCGACCGCCCCGUCGACCUUCGAUCGAUCUACUUCGCCUGGCUAAACAAGGACGUCGCCAUUCCCGAGUAUAAUGCCAGCGCGACCCGUCUUAACGAGGAGCUGGGCAGCCUCGGCACCGUUCAAAAUCUCGCCUUCGUUGAGCGUCUAGACCUAUUUACCUGGUUGGAAGGAGCCAGCGAAGAGAGUGAGCACAUCAAGCCUCUGGCUGGCGACAAGGAGGGCAAGGAAGGAGCUGGUGCGAGCGCGUCCAAGGCUGCUCCUGCUGCGGCAUCGAGCCGAUCUGGUCGCGGAACGCUGGAUCCUCGCUUGGCUGUCAUCUACAACGGAGAGCGCAAGAUGGGUGAUCGCAACUCCGUCCUGCGUGGUGCGAAGCCUACAGACUUCUCCCACGUCCGCAAGCUGGCCGUGCCAUUCAUCCAGAAGAAGCCCCACGGUUCUUCCAACAUCAGCUCCAACCCCUCCCUCGCUCUUAACCAGAAGCCCCCGACGCGUCGUCCGGACCCCAUCAUUCUCCUUUCGCCCUCCGCCUCGUCCCUUCUCCGCCUUUCCAACAUUCGCUCCUUCCUUGAGCAGGGUCGCUACACCACCCCAGAUGGCGGCGCUGCGGCUUCAAACAUGCUGCACGUCUCCCGUAUCAUGAAGGAAAUCGACCCCUCUCGUCCCAUGCGUUUCAUCCUAGUUGAAGGCCCGGAACAGUUCAAGCCUGAGUACUGGAACCGCGUCGUUGCCGUUUUCACCACGGGCCAGUCGUGGCAAUUCAAGAAUUACAAAUGGAGCAACCCCCAGGAUCUCUUCCGUCGCAUCCAGGGUAUUUAUGUCGGCUGGCGAGGUGACCAGCCGCCUGACAGCGUCCGCGAGUGGGGCCACCGUGUGAUGCACAUUGGGGUCGACCGCUGGCGCGAUGGUGCUGGUGCAAUUGAGGCCGCCAAGUUCAGGGACAAGGAGGCCUCUGAGACAAUCUGGAGGACUGUUGAGGCCAACAUGAAGGCCAAGGGAUGGACAAAGACCACUGCGCCCACUCUGCUGUAA